CAAGUACAAACCUUUCAUCUACCAAAAUUUAACCUGUGUAUAUAAAUAUACAACAUUACUAUUUACCAAACAUCCAUCUUACAUAUACUACUCGUCAUCAAGAAUUCAUGUUCUCUCUGACAAAGAACUCAGAGUAAGUAAGUAAGAAAUGGUACAGACGAAGAAGUUCAGAGGUGUCAGGCAACGCCAUUGGGGUUCUUGGGUCGCUGAGAUUCGUCAUCCCCUCUUGAAACGGAGAAUUUGGCUUGGAACGUUUGAGACGGCAGAGGAGGCAGCAAGAGCCUACGACGAGGCUGCCGUUUUAAUGAGCGGCCGCAACGCCAAGACUAACUUCUCCCUCAACAACAACAACAACACAGGAGACACAUCGGAGGGCAAAACCGAUAUUUCUUCAUCUUCUUCAUCGUCUUCAUCACUCUCUACCAUCCUCAGCGCUAAACUGAGGAAAUGCUGCAAGUCUCCUUCGCCUUCCCUCACCUGCCUGCGUCUUGACACAGCCAGCUCCCACAUUGGAGUCUGGCAGAAACGUGCCGGUUCCAAGUCUGAUUCCAGUUGGGUCAUGACGGUCGAGCUAGGUCCCGCUAGCUCCUCCCAGGAGCCUACGAAAAAUGCUUCACAAGACGAUGUUGGUCCAGCCACUGAGGUUGGCGGCGGUGGAGGAGGAGGAGGAGGAGAAGAAGGAGUAAUGGACGAGGAAGAGAAAGUUGCUUUGCAGAUGAUAGAGGAGCUUCUCAAUACAAACUAAAUAUUAUUUGCUUAUAUAUAGCUAUUUUUAUUGCUGAUUUACAGCCAUAAUUAUUAAUUAUACCCAUAUAUGCUAUAUAUCAUGUUUAUAUUUAUAUAUAUGUAAUAGUUAUAUUUUGUUUUAUAUUUCAUUUUGUGUCCAAUAAAGUGUUAGUAUUUGUAACUAUCCAGAAGUGACCUUUUUCUUAUUUGUGUUGUAUGUUAGUCUUAUAAUUGCAUUCAUAUUUUAGACUUAAAAAAAAAAGAUAACGUUACAUUGUACAUAAUAAGUUUAUUACAAGAGGACAUGAAUUUAUAGCAACAUCCCUAAUCUGGGGGCCAAUUUGUCUCCUGAUUAAAGCAGACAGUACGCUUUCUAAUUAAAAGUGUCAUGUGAAAUCAACUACGUUGACUAAUGAUUCUUUCGUUGAUUUAAAGGCCUAACAAUACAUGGAAAUUAAAUAGUUGGUUAAAUUAGGUUUGUAAUGUAAUAUGUAUCAUGUAUCCCCACAAAGCACAUGCAUUCAGAAUUUUCUUCAAUUUAGUGGUAAUAUUUCAAAUCUAAUUUGCACGCAUGAUGAGACGUAACAAUAGUGAAGAAAAAUCAAAUAUUAAUGGGAAUCCAUUAAUAUAUCAAAUUUUAGAUUUUAUUUAUUUCGCAGCCUAGAGUUCACAUGAACAUUAUUGAAACUUUAUUAUGGUAUGAAUGUAUGUGUCAAGAUCACCAGACCUUCUAAUGAAAUCAUGGAUUCAAAAGUGAGUGAUGGUAACUUUCUAAACUGCAUCAAGUAUAUUGUAUAGAGAAGAUAUGGAUAUACCACGAGCUAUUAAAAAUAUGCUUACACAAACAAAAAUCUGAGUACUCUAGAAUCCAUAAAUAACAAAACGUUCGUUGCCUAACCGAGAGAGGAAUAAGCAUUAAAUAGAAGUAUAAAACCAAGUUUUGAU